UAUCGGGAAACGUUUUCUCGGAGAUUUCGACCGGCUUUUUCUCCCUUUCACGUACGAUCGCGCGCCUAUGUCGCGUCCGCGACGGUGCGUUUAAAUGAUGUGUGUAGAUAUAUAUAUAUUGUAUAUACAUAUAUAUGAGAGACGAGAGUUUAGACGAGGUAGGCAGAGGGGUUUCCGGCGAGCGUUAACAGAGUAACAGAGUGAUGUAAUGAGGCCCGGAAGCAGGCAAUUUGCUGCCCGCGGCAGCCGCAGUAGCGCGAGACAACCUGCCCGGAGUACCUUCUUCUUGAUACCGCGGUCCAGCCUUCUCCGUAUUGGACACCUGACUGAUAAAGCAUGCGAAAAGUGAUGUCGUGAAAGAGCGCGGAUAAAAAGAAAAGAGAAAGAUACCGCAUGCAGUGGUCGCACGAGCGAAUACGUGAAAAAAAAAAAAAAUCGUCGGCGCGCGUCGAGAGGAGAGGAUAAUUAUUUCGUAUGAUGAACAUGCGGUCUGUUCGGAUAACGUUGUUUUUUAUUCGACAUAAUGAGUGUGAAUUAUUCGCGACAAUGGAAGUUGCACAACUGGCGUAAGAUACAUUUUUAUACAUCAAAGAUUUUAGUUUCAUCGAAAUUAAUGCCGAUUCUAACAAGUUUCUGGUGACUAUAACGUUAAAUCUCGUCGAAAAGAGCGAUACAAGUGAUGUAGCGGUACAUUUUUACAAAAUUCAAUAACAUUUAUCCAAUUUUCAUCGCUGUUUGGUAUACAUAAAUUUCAGUUCAUGUAUCUCAUUAUGUUACUUACAAUUAUAUUAAAUUAAAGCAACUAAACUAUUAAAAUAUUAUAAUUGAAAACUAUGAUAACAGAAAGAUCAAGACCGAAAUAAUCGAGUGUAAACGCUGCUAUUUAGUAUAACGGAAUAAAAAUCCUCGAUACAGUAAAAAUGGCGAUUAUCCGAGUAAUCUGCGGACUACAAUAUCCCUGACGAUCGAUCGUUUGAUUCAGAUUUUAAACUGUCGGACAGAACCGUAAAGACAAUCCGGUUGCGCGCACAUCGUGCCGCGGAACGGCGUGACUAUGUGACAGUUUUGUGAUUAGAUUGACCUCAAUACGAGCUGGAUAUCCGGACGUACCCACGAGAGUGCUUUUAUCCUUAACCAUUCCGAUUGAAUAUUAACCAAUGUUCCGUGAUAACAAACGACUCGAGAUGAACAAAAAAAAAUUUUGUUGCGUUUUGCUGGAUUAUUCUAUUAGAUAAUCCCAGAAAAAAAGUAACGUUUGAACGAUCUGCACCUCGAUAGUGAAACGCGUACAGGUUCAUCGUGAAAAUUGUCACAGUGAUUGAAGGGGCUCUUUGGUGAUGUACGACAGCGCUAGCUGUUCGUACGCAGGUGCGCUCGAAUUAAAGGGAGCCUCCGGGGCCGGUGCCGCGGCCGCGGCCGCCGCUGGUGUAACCGCGGCCGGCGUCAAGCAGGAGAACUGGCCGUACCGCGGCCUCACUUGCGGCAGCACUUUUCAACGGCUCAAGGAGAGUGUCGACAAAGCGAAACAAGCCCUCGCCGAUCGCAGUGGUUACCUUGCUGGUGCGUUUUCGCCGCCACCGCGCGCCAACCCGUCCACCAUUUCGCCCACCGCCUCCAUCACCGAUGCUGGCAGCUCUUACAAGGGAGGCUGGAGUCACGCCACGUCACCGGCACCUGGUCAGGGCUAUGGAAGCAGCUUAUCAAAGACAGCAUUGGACACGCACAGCCAUCUCAGGCAGCCUGCAGAUCCUUAUCAAAUGUUCGGGGCGACGAGCAGUCGACUCGCGAGCUCCGGUUCCGGUCAGAUUCAACUCUGGCAGUUUCUACUCGAGCUUCUGUCGGACUCGAGUAAUGCCGCGUGCAUCACAUGGGAAGGAACUAACGGCGAAUUCAAGUUGACCGAUCCCGACGAGGUAGCGAGACGAUGGGGCGAGAGGAAGUCUAAGCCUAAUAUGAAUUACGACAAAUUAUCGAGGGCUCUAAGGUAUUAUUACGACAAGAACAUCAUGACGAAGGUGCACGGCAAGAGGUACGCGUACAAGUUCGAUUUCCAGGGAUUGGCGGCAGCGACGCAGCCGGCGGCGGCCGAUCCGGCGGCGUACAAGUACCAGAGCGAGUUGUUCAUGUCCGGUUACGGUCAUGCCAAACUGAACCUGAUGCCGCCGCCGGCGGCGUCGGUUUCGGUUUCCGUUCCCGGCGGCCUCUUUCAAUCGGCGUCGAGCUACUGGUCGACGAGCCCGGGCGCCAACUUGUAUGCCGGCCAUCACACGGCCUCCGGACACGUGCCACCUCAUCUCGGCACCUAUCCGCAUUACGCAUGACCCGCCGCCGAGCACUGGGGUGCCCUGGGCACGCCGCGUUGAAACGUUUCUAUCGAAAGAGUACGAGCCGUUGCUGCCACGUUGUCGACGACAACGUGUGUAAUCGUAAAUUACACAGUCUUUUAUUCCCCCUGGCCCCCCCGGAGGCUGGGACCGCACAUUGCUUCAGGUAUUUGCACGAAUCUGUCCAUUUCGCGUAUAUUCGCUUAUAGUAUUGUCUUCUUUUAAUGAAUUUUUCAAGCAAUCAUUACAUUUUUAACGAGUGCGAAUGAUAAUGAAGAAAUAGGCGAUUUGACAAGUCCGUUUUCUUUUUUUUUCUUUUAAGCCUAAUUCGUAGAUUAUUUAUAUCAAAAGGAAAUACGUUUGCACCGACCAACACUGAUGAAUAGUUAUGUAUAACCGUAAGUUGUCACCGUCGAUCACAAGUAGAUAGCUUUAUAAUCGACGCGUAAGUAGUGAACGACAAUCACGAAAGAAUAAGGGAAAAGGAUAAACAUCCGUUCAGGGGACGACGCGCAUACAAAAUUUAUUAAUAGUAUAAUACUCUUUUUUUUUAUUAGGAAACUAAAUAAGAUUUUUAAUAUUUCUGAUAACAACAAAUUAAAAUUCUACUAAAAAAAAUAUUGAAUAAAAAAUUCAAAAUAAAAAGGAAUCUCUACUUGCUAAAAUUUUCUUAAUCUUGUGUUACAUACUUAUGAUACAAAUAUCGACAGCGAAAUAAACAUAGUAGUCUUUUCAAUUUUAUCAGUAGCGUUAUCCAUAUAGUGCAACUGCUUCUUUGCAUUUCUUUGUUAAGUAAUUAAAAGAAAGAAGAGAUGAGUGUGUAAGAAAUGUAUAUUUGUGUGUGAAACAUUGACAUUUAGAACGCGUUUGGACAGAUUUAAUAUCUCUAAAUCCGUACAUGCGAUACAGUCGCCCCAAUAUAGUGUGCAAUACACCGUCGCAAAUUUUUCGAUGCAAUACCUAAGCAACGCGUCGCAAUCAGUGAUCAUUUAUGCACCGCCUAUAUAUAGAGGCGACGAUUUUACGUAAUGAGUACUUUACGGAUUCUGAUUCGCCGCGGCCGACGGGGUGCGCCCCCCAAAAAAAAAAUUAUUAUUGUAAGAACAUUGUACAUAUACAAUAUAAUGCAUUACGUUAGUACAGGGUGUGUGUGCGUUUGUGAGAUAAUUCUCGCAUGAAUCUUUUUACCGUUACCGUUGUGAUGUCACAAGAGACACAUCUCUCGAAAAUGUCCUGACUCUUGUGCGUGUUUUUUUUUUGUUGAUAAGUGAAACAAAUUAUAAUAAUUUUUUGCCAAAUAUCUAUACCAAAGAAAAUUAGUUCUUCUUUAUAAUUUACAAGUAACAUAUUAAGUGAUAGACCAUGUAAUUUAACAAAACCUUGUUAGAAAAAUCUUGUAUUUCGCUAAUAUUAUCUUUCGUUUCUUUGAUAUUCAUUUUUCGUCUUAUCUAGUCAUGCACGUUUUAUGCUUUUUUAUCUAAGUGCGUAUUUCACAUGCAAGUUUCAUUUUGCGAGGUUAUUUUAUUUUUGGAGAACAAAAUAAUAAAUAACUGCACGACGGUAAAAUGAAUAUGCGAAAUCGUUUGGUCCAAAAGGAAACUCGUACACGAAUAAGAAGUCGACAAAAUUUCACGAGCAUUGUCGGCGUUUAUGAUUGGAUUGAAUCGGGCAUGUGUAUGUAUAUUGAAAUGAAAAACGCGUCAUUCUUCACGUUUACGUAAGUAUGCAUCUCGAUUUCGAACGAGGCCUCGUUCACUCGGAAUGUACUCAUGUUCGAUUCACACCGAAGCUAAUACCCCAUGUAUCAUAAAUUCUUUUAACUUAUUUGUUAUAUAUGAGAAAUGGGUAGAGACGCUACAUAGGAAUGAAUCGAGCGACGAGCGUGCGAGAAAUGAUUAUCGAGCGCAUAUAAUGUUUAUACGGCUACGUAUAUUCGUCAACAUAUGUCGGUGGCUCACUUAAGCGUGAUUCGCUCGUUCUUUUGACGUAAUUUUACAACGAAACCGCGUUACCGUACACCCUCAUCAUCCGUCAUCGUGAGAUAUGUAGACGAUAAUCACAAAAGUACAACGUUUAAGUCAUAUCAAUCGACGGCACACGCAAUCAGAAUCGAACUUUUACGCCAUCCUUUUUAGAAUCACGUGAGAUAUGUGGCUGCUCUACCCAUGCCGAUAUAAAGGAUGGAUUGCCGAAACCGAAUUCCAGAUUAGACGGGAUAUAUAAACGCAUUAAGUGUUAUUCGGAGCAAAGAUUGUCGUAUUACAUGAGUGCAUAAAUAACAAUUGUUUCUAAUCUAAUCCCGAAAAAGAAAGAAGAAAAAGAGAAAGGAAUCCUUCGAGAUAUAUAAUUUAGAAAUAAUUACAUCAAAUAUAUCAGAACAUUGAAUCUUUCGGUUUAAUAUUGAAAAUAUCAUACCAGUUAGAAAAAGUUGUGCAUAUUGUGGAUUUCUCAAGAAAGGAAAAAAUAUCAUUUGAUCAAUCUCUCUGAUAUUACCUUCGGAUAUUACCUAUUCGGAAUCUACUGAUAAAAUAAAUGCUCAUAAAUUAUAUUUUAUUAUCAAUCUCGGGAACAAAACGAUUUGAAAAUCUAUCUGUUGAACUGUCGUACGGUAAUUAAUUAAAGUCAGAUAAAAACAUAAUAUUUAGCGAUAAGGAAAAUAUUUUCAUUCGCAAUGCAUAGAUCUAUUUUAUUUAAUGCUUAAUUUCUUGAUCAUUUUAUCAUUUUGAAUCUAUACUUUUUUGAUAUAAUAAUGUAUGAAUUGAAAUAAAAUUAGACAAAAAAAUAAAAGUACAAAUAAAGACUUUAAACAUUCGAACAGAUAAAGAUGCAAAGUCUUCACUACAUUUUAAAUAAAUUACACAAAGUAAAGCAAAAGAAGAAUUUGUUAAACAUAUAGUAUCCGGCAUUAUAAGCACAUUAGGGGAAACGAUGAACUCUCGAUUUACAAGUUGAUUAGAUCACACAAACUGACAAUAUGCAAACUUUAUCUGAUUGGCAUUGCAGGUUCUUUAUCACUGAUUUUUUUCCGACGUAAAUAGUGUAUAAUACAUUUAAAAGUUUCUGAAAACUAGAAACAUUAAAGAUAAAAUAACGUCCGAUCUACAACUUCGGAAAAAUGGAAGGAAAUACGAUUUUUCUUUGCAAAGAUGGUCAACACAUUUUCUUCAUCGAUUUAACGGAUGUCGGCAGUCUGUCCCCGAAAAAAAGGCGUACCUUGUGUCGAAAAGAAGCGUAACUCCUUAAGAUGUGUAUCAUACUACUCAUAAGUGAGACCUUAAGCAUUCCUAGAGUAAUUUUAAGCGAUUAGCGCGGCCCUCGAUGCGACCCGUGGGACCGAUCGUGCGAUCGGCACCGCGAUGGGGAACGAUGAUUAUCCAGCAGUUUCCGCAUCGGUCCGGACGGGUCGUGAGCGUGAAGGGCGCUCAUGUAGAUAGGGUGUUUUCAUGUGUAGCGUAGGCGUGUAGAAAAUUUAGUCUUAGCGGGAGAAUGCGCCGAAGAGAGGAUGUCGAGAACGAGAGUGCGUUAUGUGUAUGUAUGUAUGUAUGUAUGUAUGUAUGUAUGUAUGUAUGUAUACAAGAUUCGCGCACGUAUGUACGAGCAGGCGUGAUUUCGAGAAUGGAGACGAAUAAUGAUAAUAACUAUGAUGACUAUGAUGACGAUGACGACGACAGUGAUGGAUGAGUGGAUGAACGAGGGAUGUGUGUCUGGCACUAGCGUAGAACGCAUUAGAUUAGGUAGAUAAGCGAUCCUCCCUACAUCCCCCUCUCGAAGACCGAAGGACACGGUUUCUCAUCGUUAGAGUGAUAACGGAACUGGAGAAGGCACAACGGAAUAGAGAUGAGAAUCACGAGACUCGCGAUCCGGGAAAUCGGGGGAGCGCUGUUGUUGUUCUUGUUGUCGUGCGCUUGUAUUAAAGUCGCCAUGUUCUAAUUAAACGUGCCGACGGGGUUGUAUCAGUCGUUGGCAAAAUC